AUGCUGAAAAAACAUAAUAGAAGGAGUCUCAAAGGCACCACUGCAAAAUUUCAGGUAGACAAAGGUGUGGUGCCUAUGGCGGGUACCGUCGGAGAAGGUACCACUCAAGGAAUGGACGAUCUCAAUGCUCGUUGUGCUCAAUACAAAAAGGAUGGUGCUCAGUUCGCCAAAUGGCGUUGCGUACACAAGAUUUCCACCACUACACCUUCUCAUAUGGCUCUGGUCGAGAUAGCCGAGGUACUCGCUCGCUACGCGUCUAUCUGCCAGCAGAACGGAUUGGUACCGAUCGUUGAGCCUGAGAUUCUGCCGGAUGGCGAACAUGAUAUAGAUAGAUGCCGAAAGAUCACCGAGACUGUCCUUUCUUAUUGCUACAGAGCCCUCAAUGACCAUCACGUCUACCUUGAAGGGACACUACUGAAGCCAAAUAUGGUAACAGCGGGACAGGCCUUCAAAGGCAAGAAACCAACACACGAAGAAAUCGGUCUGGCUACCAUAACAGCUCUACAACGAUCAGUACCGGCUGCUGUUCCCGGAAUAGUGUUCCUUUCUGGAGGUCAAUCCGAGGAGGACGCCACCCUUAAUCUAAAUGCCAUGAAUAAGAUUGACACGAAGAAACCAUGGGCACUUACAUUCUCAUAUGGUCGAGCUCUACAGGCAUCAGCCAUGUCAAAAUGGGGCGGAAAGGACGAGAUGUCAGGCAUGCUCAGGUUAAAAUAG